CAAUAUGCACAGUAUGUCUUAUUUCAAGGUUGCGGGAUGACCGAAUCACAGUGAGGAUGGAGGAUUAUAGCAUCUGGGGUGAACUUCAAAUUUAUUUCCAAAAAUGGGUAAUUCUGUUGACAUAGAACAUUGCUGCAGUAAUAAAAUUCAACUUGCUUUUUAUUUCACCGAUAAGUGAGCAGCACAGUUGUUAAUACCCUGGGUCAUACAGUACAGUGCUCUAUUUGUAUAAUGUAGCACUGAGCAAAAGGGGAGGAACUACUGUGAGCUUUAGACUAGCAGUGUCCCUGAAAUAUACAGCUGACUUUCAUCUCAUGACUGGGAAAAGGUUGGCAAACACCUGUAUUGCGGAUGGUACACUACAUUAAAGCAUCAUGCGGUGAAAGCUGUUGCUGGAAGCAAUCAGAAGCUACAGAAGUGCAAGUCAGCAAGGAAGAAGCAGCUUGGGUGGGAACCUUUCAGCCUGGAGAGUGUGAUUUAGCAGUUGGGAAUGUUGUGAACUGUGUUUCGCCAAGGUAGCAAGUCCAAAGCAAACAGCCUCCAGUAGUUUACAAAGGUUCAAAUAUACUGCACGGUCAUUUAUCAUACUCUGGCACAAUGACCACAACAACAUCAAAAAUGAAUUUCAAAUUGUAUAAAGCAAAAGGCUGAAGAAAGAAAGAAAGAAAGAAAGAAAGAAAGAAAGAAAGAAAGAAAGAAAGAAAGAAAGAAAGAAAGUAGCUGUAUGCCGUGGCUUUGAACUGUUUACUGUCUCAUUGGUUAUCUGCUGGAAACUCACAAAUUAGACUGCAAUCCAUUAAGAGGAGACUUGACUGUACUCCACAUAUUUUGAUACCGCAAGUGUUGUCAUAAAAUAGUCAAUUAAGAAAUUCAGCCUCCUAAUAGUAAAAAUGAGUAACUUCACAGAGGAGAAAGUCAAUAAUUCAGAAGGUGAAUGCUUUCCUAAUGCAGAUGUGGUCACCAAGGUUCUGCCCACUAUAUACACUUUGAUUUUCAUUGUGGGGAUCUUCCUAAAUGGACUGAAUUUAUGGAUUUUCUGCUACAUCCCCAGUAACAGGAGCUUCAUUGUCUACCUGAAAAACAUUGUGAUUGCUGAUCUUUUAAUGACCCUCACGUUCCCAAUGAAAAUAAUAAGUGAUGCGGGGCUUGGAAAUGUUCAGCUGCGUAUCUUUGUCUGCCGGUUUUCAGCAGUUAUCUUUUAUUUAAACAUGUAUAUUGGAAUAGUAUUUUUGGGUAUUCUUGGAUUUGAUAGGUACUACAAGAUUGUGAGACCAAUGAAUGCCUCUUCUUUUCAAAGUGUCCAUUACAGCAAGGUCAUAUCUGCAAUGGUAUGGGCGAUCAUGGCUUUUAUUUCAGUCCCUAAUAUGAUCCUAACCAACCAAUACAAAGACAACACAGAAAAACCAAGUUGUGCCAAGCUAAAGAGCAAGCUGGGCAUCCAGUGGCACAAGGCUUCUAAUUAUAUCUGUAUAUGCAUCUUUGUGAUUGCUUUCUCCCUGCUUCUAAUAUUUUAUGUGUCCAUUUCAAGGAAAAUAUAUAGAUCUCACCAGAAGUUUAGAAGAGGCUCAAAUGCCAGCCGAAAGUCCACUCGCAACAUAUACAGCAUUUUGAUAGUAUUCUUUGUCUGCUUUGUCCCAUACCACCUUUGUCGAAUACCAUAUACAAUAAGUCAAACGGACAUUGGUUACACCUGCCAUCAAAAAACUAAUUUGUUUUAUCUGAAAGAGGUGACUUUGCUGUUAUCAUCGGCUAAUGUCUGCCUUGAUCCCGUCAUUUAUUUCUUUAUGUGCCAACCAUUUAGGCAAACGCUGUUUAAAAAACUGCAAAUUAAGGACAGACUCCAAGAAACAGAAAAGUCCGUCAGGAUGUCAUCCACAUAGACAGUAUUCUUAUAUACGGUUUGACAAGGUGGAUGCAAAAUCAGGAAAUUGCAGCUCAAACCUGAAAACUCAAUGUAAGAGGCAUCAUACAAGCAGAUGUAAUACAUGAAUGUGAUUUUAUUUAUGGUUUAUAAUUAAUCUUUUCUACAUUGUCAUUCUGGAGUAAGACUUAAAUAUUUGUCUGCAAAGGUUUUUUUUAUCUACCUAAAAAUAUUUCUCAGCUCACCUACCCCAUCACCCCCUGGAUGAAUAAGAAUUACAGCACCUGCAACAGGACAGCACUAAAAUGAAGAAUGGUGAUAACUAUAACACCUAUGUACUAUCUAAUGGUGGGGUAGAAUAGGAAAGAAUGCUUCAAGGUAGAGAAACCUUAUGUGCCCAGUACUGUUGUGUAUAUAUUCUUACAACAAAGAUUAUUCCAUUAUAUCAAAAUUGUUUACUGAUUUACAUUUUUUUAAAGGGUAAAUGUAAGUCUGCUUUAUAAUACAUUGGGGGAGAUUCAAAUGUUUGAAAAGUCGGUUGGGUGUCUGUUUUUUCCUGUCUAUUAGAUAGGAAAAAACAGACAUCCAACUGACUUUUCAAACAUUUGAAUCUCCCCCAUUGUGUUUAUCAAGUCAGGUCAUCACUCAUCGCUGACUUGAGAGGUGGAGCAGACUUUUAAAGAAAUACUGUUCUACAAAAUCCACUGACUAUAUGUGCCAACUAUAGUGGUCCAAGGCUUUUUUUUUGGCACAGAACAUGUCUCAGGAGUUUGUUUGACGUUAAUGCUUACGGUAAGGGGGUAAUUUGGGUCAGAAACUGUUUUUAUUCACAUUAUAUCAUCUUGUAUUAAAAAUACAAGAAUUUUCAUAGCUGGCUGAGGCUCAUAAUAGUAUAACUUGCACUCAAUCAGAGCCAGAUAAAGGGGGUGGGUGAGCUCAGGGGGUAUGUUACCCUGGGCCCCCCGCUCCCAUGGGGACUCCUCAGCUUUCAUUACAGCUGCAGUGCAAAGUGCACCUUAAGCUGUAUAAAUUACAAAGAACAGAAGCCCACCCAGUCAGUCAGUGAUCGUGUAAGCUAAGAGGGAGGAGAGGGAGACACUAUGUACAGAUGUGUUCUCAUACAACUUUCCUCAAUACGCCUCAUAGAGGGAGAGGCCUGGUGUGAGUGAACUGACAGGUCCCAUGCAACUCCAAUAGCGCCGGGAAUCUUUUUUUGCUACGCAAAUACAUACCCUCCAACAUGACCUGCCCCGCUAUGUACAAAAUGCUCUGUUUCUGGACUUCCCUCUUAAUUUAUGAUUGCCAUCACCUGUGCAGAAACAGCUUUCUUAUCAUUUAACUAGUUCAACACAGGUGAUGGAAAUCAUAAAUUAGGAGGGAAGUCCAGAAACAGAGCAUUUUGUACCUAGUGGGGCGGCUCAUGUUGGAGGGUCUGCAAAUAGCGGGCACAAGCAGACUGCUGAUUAAAAUGAUAUACAACAUGUCUACUUUCUGUGUGCAUCUGCGGCUGUAUCUGCAUUUGAUAUUGUACUGUUUUUGCAUUUCAAAUACCUGUUUGCAGAAACAGCCACAGUCGCACACAGAAAUGAUAUGCAUGCCGCAUAUCAUUCUAAUCAGGAUAAGCUGCCUGUGCAUCCUAUUUGCAUCAUUUUGUGAAUAAUAUGCAUUUUAAUGGAAACAGGUACACAUAAAGACACUUGGCGCUACUGAGUCACACCACGGCAUGUAAUAUGUAUAUAUAUAAGUGUGUGAUAAUAUGUAUUGUGUGAUUGUGGUAUGUGUAUGUUUAUAUACUGUGUGUGACAAAUGUAAAUAUGUGUAUAUGACUGUGCUUCUCACUUGAAAGAUAAGAAUAAUUAAAUUGUUGUGCUUUCUUUGUUAUAUGUUGUAUUGUUCCAUGGUGUUUUUUUUUUUUAUGAAUAAAUUUAUGUUAUAUACCUU